AAUGGAGUGUGUAUAGAUGACAUCAACAGCUUCACAUGCGAUUGUUACCCAGGCUGGUCUGGUGACCUUUGCGAGAACGAUAUAGAUUAUUGCUCAUUUGGUCCUGCUCCAUUUGGUCCCUGCAGUGACUUUGGUAGUAGUGUGUGUGUAGAGGAAAACAAUACAUUUUCCUGCACUUGUUUGACAGGUUUCACAGAAUAUACGUGUGCUGUUGAUAUCAAUGAAUGUGAUGAGGCCCCUUGCUUGAAUAACGCAACCUGUAACAACCUACUUUAUGGAACCUACACUUGUGAUUGUACCCCAGACUACACAGGUCUGAACUGUGGUAUACCUUUGUUCCCAUGUAAUGGUAUACCUUGUAUGAAUGGUGGUACUUGUAUCGAUGCUGGCCUUGGAAGUGGAGCUUUCUCUUGUGAAUGUGCUACUGGUUUCACAUGAGAUGCUUGUCUGACUGACCUCGAGUUUUGUACUGAUUCUACUUGUAUGAACAGUGGUAUUUGUGUAGAAGGUAUGGGAAAAAUGACAACUUGUGAAUGUGUUGAUGGAUUUUCCGGACAAAAUUGCUAGAUCUCCCGUUUUGUGAUCAAAACUUUUGUCCAAAUGAUGGUACUUGUGUUGAAGGAAUUGGCUCUAUAACACAUUGCGUAUGUCCAGAUGGUUUCAGUGGUGUUGACUGUAGACUAACUAGUGGUUCAGGACUAAAUUCAACAAUUGAUGUCACUCAAGAUUUGUGCAAUUUGGUUUUUGGAAUAUCAUGUACCAAAGCUACGAUUGGUGGUGUGGUUGCUAUAGCUAUUGGUGCUUUCUUGCUAGUAUUGUUUCUGGCAACAUUAAUGCUACUAUUAGUAAUGUGGUACAAACUGCGUCAAAAGAAGAGAUCCUAUAAUGUGGCAGGACCACCAGUGGUAGGAGGUAUUAUGAUAUCGAACCCUAUCUAUGUGAGUAAUGAGGUGAGUUCAAGAAAUGAAAUAGAGUCAAUGAGUACUGAUAAGUAUAGGCACUCAAAACUAACAAUUAAAAAGGUAAGUAUUCAUACGUAAAAUCGAGCUCAUUACAAGACUGCCUCUUUUUUGUAGAUGAUUGAUAUGCAGAAAUUUUGACUCGUACACAGAGAAAGAAGAACCUUACAUUACUUAUUAGCUCACCAAUGCAGUUCUUAUUUUUAUCGCAUACCCUUGAACUUUUACUAUUCAUCAUCCAGUUAUAAAUUGGUGUAUAAAACAUAGCACA